CCCUCCUCCGAGCCCCAGAAACUAGACUGAAAAAGCUCUCCCCAUUCAUAAAGCUCCCUGUUGUUAUUGCUCGACCAGCAGCAUUCUGCACUUUGAUUGAUUCUUGGCGUUUUAUCUUUUUCUUAUGGUGACAAUUUGUCGGAGGAUCGACUCCUUUGACUGAUGUGUCAACAUGUAGUUUUCCUUCCUUUUUAAAGGGUCAGUUCAACCAAAUUGAAAAAAAAAAAAAAAGUGUUUUGUCAGUUACUCACAUCUCUUGCAGGCAGAUUUUAGUUCCUCUGGUUUGAAGUUUUUGCCACCAAACGGAGGUUAAAUGGAACUACUCAUCAAUUACAUUUUGUAAUUGGUAAUAAAUGGUAAAAAUGGUCCACACAGUUUAUUAGAAGAUUUAUUUUAUUUUUUUAUUUUUACUUGUCCUAGAUGAGACCUUGCAUUUGACCUCGUGCCGCUCCAUUAAUGCAACAGAAGUGGUUUUCUCUUGUUAAAUAUGCAGAUAAACAAGGUAACACGGAAACAUAGUCAUAAGAAGUCAGUUUAGGUUUCGGGUUUACUAGCCUACUUUACUUCCUUUGGUGCCACAUCGUAGUUUACGCUUCUCCAAUAAAUCUGGCCCUCUGGUCCCCGACUGGUUGAAAACCAUCAUGAAACCAUGACAUGGCUGAAACCAUCCAAAACGGGUUUUCUAGCCUUAUCUUCCCAUUCUCUUAAGACUGUUACAGUGACAAAAGUCCUCUCGAACGCAACCCGGAUGGUCCCUUUUGGCCCCCCGAGCGAGCAGAGGUACGUUCCCUCCUCCUGGUGAGUCACAGGGGGCCACGUCGAGCCUGCUGCUGCGCGCUCUUUUCCCUCGCCUGUGGAUUUACAGUCAUGCUCCGAGAGGUUUUGUCACAAACAUGUACUUAAGAGGCGAUGAGUGACUGCACAAUGCUGGCUCCUUCACAGUCAGUGUGGUAAUUGCUGUUUUUUGCGGCGCUUUCUUUAAAUCAGUUGUCGGGUGCUUUUUGUUUUGAGCUUUCAGAGAAAUCUGGAUCGGUGGCGAGCGGCGGCUAACGUAAAGCCUGUUUGGAUCAAACGGGAACCGAAGCCUUGUGUUUGUAAAGAAAUCUCCCGUGAUAAUUACUAUUUGCCUGUUAUUUCCAUCCCUUAGGCAGAGAAAAUUAGUCAUGCUUUUAAUGACAUUAUGCAUUGGUUGUGUUAGAGGGCUUAUUAAAGUGCAUUGUGGUUGACAGGAUCAAGCCUUCUUGUUCAGCAGGCAGACAUGAAUCACGGGGUAAAUCCACAUCAACCCACUUUAUCCACUUGGUACUUGCUCAGAACACAAACGACUUAACUUGUCAUUGGAAAUCGUAACCAAUCAGAUUAAGCCUUCUCACAGAAAAGCCUUGAAUUCACUUUUUGAUUCCUGCAGAAAUGGUGAUAUUUUAAUAUAUUUUUCCCUUUUCUUUAACGGAUGGGAGGUUUUGUAUGUAAUCAUUUAGAUUCAUUCUGGAUAUCAAUGGGACAGGAAUGCCGAGGAUCCAGUUUUAAUGGGACAAUAAACUCAAACUCUUUUUUUUUCUUCUUUCUUAAUGGCGGCGGGGAUGUGGGCUCGCUUUACUGCUGUCAGCUCGUAAACACAUUCACACCUCUGCUUCAUUUAAAUGCGGUAUCAGUUAUAGCACAUUAUUGGGAAAAAAAAAAAAAAACCCGAGGUCGACACCAACAUACAUGUGAAUGGUGUCUGGGAGAGACGAGGCCAAUCCACAAAGAAGGAGCUCUUCAAAUAACACACAGUUUCUGUAGCUGUUACGCACGACAACUCGGUUCAUAUUUCACACUUAACAGCAUCUUGUUUAUUAGUGUAAAGGCCCUUAAUGUAAUGGAAACGGCAAGUGUGGUUUGGCAAUAAAUAAAAACAAUCAAAUAAAAACAAAACUCAUGGAAGAGAGGACUCAUUUAGUAGUUUAUUUGCUUGUUUGCAGCAUCCAAAUACAUCCGUUUAUUAAGCGAAAUCCAAUGUAGUCGUUUCCCAAACUUUCUUUGGGAAUAAAGUAUUCAAUUAGUAUCGCGAAGCAGUGACUUCAUGCCCUUGAUGUCCUCUGCGCAGCGCGUCGCCCCCCGAGAGGAGCAGCAGAUCUUUGCAGGCUGAUGGUCUCCUCGGGAUUACCCUAUCAGGUGCAAACCGCUGACAUGUUUCCACCCACCAACAACAAAAAAGCCUCUCCGUGCCCAAAUCUCCAGCCGCAGACGCGCAAACACCACUGACAGGCACUGCUGCGCCAUCACCAGCAGCCAGACCUCUCCAGGGAUCCGCCGCACAGUCUUUCGCACAGCUUUUCUUCCUUCUCCUGCUUGUUUGGUUUUUUUUAAAGCACACAUCUUGCCUGCUUGGAUCAGUUAGCCCACUUUUAGCGACUUUUUUUUCUUCUUUUUUUUCUUGGUUCACGGCUUUUAACUUUAGCCGCCGCAGCACUCGGUAGAAUAAAAUGACCCACGCAAGGUGUAGAAAUCCCCCGCAGGUACGGACGGAGCUGCGGAGUCUGUGAUCUCUGGAUUCCGAUCGUUUCCGCAAAAACUGGAAGGAUAUUUUUUUUUUGAUGGAGGUUGUUUUUUCUUCCUCUUAGAGAAGUUGAAUUUUGAAUCCUCUUCCACGCUUGGCACCGGUUUGCGGAGACGGGUUUCGGGGGGAGCGGAGGAGACUGAGCUGUGAAGAAAAAAAAAAAACCAAAUCUUCUGGAUACCCCCCCCCCCCCCCCUCCUCCCAACAAGGAAACACCUAAUGUUGCACUCCAUGACUCUGCUGCUGCUCUCCAGUGAUCUAUCCUUACGCUGGGAUUCAAUCUCCUACUUGCCCCCGGAGUUGUGUGCGUAAAGGACGCGCGGGGGAGCGAGCGAGAGAAAGAGAGAGAGAGAGAGAGAGAGAGAGGGGGGUGAUCUCGCCAACCUUUCCCGGGGCUCUAAAUCUGUGGAAGCAGGUGUAUUUCUGCGAGUCAAGAUGUCUGCGCUGCCUUCGAGGUUCCUAUACUUGUGCUUACACUUUCUGGUACUCUACUUCCAGCUCCAGGAAUCCCAGCAGACCACUGCCGAUUUCAGGUUUUACAUCGAGAACCACACCAGGAACCCGGACGACCUGAGCCGCAAGCAGGUCCGGAUCUACCAGCUCUACAGCAGAACCACGGGCAAGCACGUCCAGAUCCUGGGCAAGAAAGUCAACGCCAACGGAGAUGACGGGGGCAAGUAUGCUCUUCUCGUCGUCGAGACGGAAACCUUCGGGAGCCACAUUCGAAUAAAAGGCAAAGAGAGCGAGCACUACAUCUGCAUGAACGAGAAGGGCAAAAUAGUCGGACGGCCCGACGGGAGGAAGCAGGAGUGCGUCUUUGUCGAGGAAUUCCUGGAGAACAACUACACGGCUCUCGUGUCGGCCAAGUACAAAGGAUGGUACCUGGGCUUCAACAGGAAGGGGCGGCCCAAGAAAGGCUCGCGGACCACGCAGCGGCAGCAGGAAGUCCACUUCAUGAAGCGGCAGCCGAAGGGCAGGCCGGACCCGCUGGAGGAGUUCCGGUUCACCACGGUGACUAAGCGGACACGAAGGGCUCGGCGGUUAAAGCCCAACCCCAAGAGGAACUGAACGGAACGUCGGGACAGCACUAGUUUUCCUCCAGGGGUCGGGCGGGUCGGGCGGGGCUGGCGGGGGGGGGGAAUACGAAAAAAAACAACUAACUGAAAAUCUCAAGCUUCUCGUGUGAGAAGAAUCAGCUUAGGGACUUCACUUCUGUUAAAGGACGACGGACAAAAAGAACAAACACAAAAAAAGAUGUUUUUAUUUUUGUAUUUCAGGAUGACUGAGUAUUUCCGAACUCUCGGAUCCUUCUGGGUUGAUGUCGUCGUUCUAACGUGUCUGUCAUGUUAUUUAUACUGGAUAAACUAAAGGACCUCUGAAGGCCCACUUCCUCUUUGACAAAGGGGACCGAAGCGUGGAGCUGAUGCGACGUCGUAAAAAUCAGCCAACCAGAGAUUCAUUGGAAUACCUGUCGUUUUUUUUUUUUUUUUGUGUUUGUGUUGCCCCUGACAACGAGGAUCCCAUACUUUCCACUGGAAUCAGACGCCAUGGAGACGAAACGGAGGGAGCCGCCGCGCCGCCGGGAUGACUGUGUAGCUUUGAGUGCAAUAUUUUACAGGUCGCUCUUUUCUCUUUUUUGUUUUUCCUUUUCUCUCUCUCUUUUUUUUUUUUUUUCCAGAUGUCUCUCAGCUCCACUCGCGGCUCCGGGAAUGCGGCGAAGCCUCAGAGUACUCUGUGUGAUUUCCUUGACACUUCAGCUAAAACACGACAUGCUUUGACUAGUCGGGCACCAGCCGCGGCUUUACUCUUGUUUAAACACCUUAAAAAAAAAAAAAAAAAGAAGAAAAAAAAAAGAAAACAACACAAGCAAAAAAUAUUACAGCUCACGUCAUCCGUGAUCGCACAAAGUCUUCCAGCCUCAUCACAUUUGGGAGCAGGAUGUUUGUUAAAAAGCUCUUCCUCACGCGUGUCAACGUCUUCUUCAGAGAAGGAUGAGUGUGAGCUCGCUGAUGUUUCGGGGCGGGCGAUGAAGACUUCCUCUACCUCCAUGUUUAUUUUUCUUUUUUCAUGUAUUCUGUGUUCGGUUAAUCUCGAAGAACGUCCCCUCCCCCUCUUCAGAAAUCACCUUUUGACUUUGAGCUCCAUUAACUCACUGGAUGGAAGUCUGGAAGGUGCUUUCUGGAGGAAGCUCAUCCCUCCGACGACCCCCGAUCACUUCACGAAUCCACGACGGGGACGAUUUUAAGACUUCGGCGGCAGAAAACCCGACUCGUCCGGGAUUGUGGGAACGUUUUCAGCGACGCGGGUUUGUGUCUGAAAACCUAAAAAAGGGAAAAGUUUCUGCUUCGAUCAUUCCUUCUCUCACUGACAACCAGCUCCAGCCUCCCUUCACCUGUAGUAUGUGUUCACCUGUCCGCUGGCAGGUUUUUGUAUGACUCGCUACUAACAACAUGACACAUUUAUUAUUUCUUUCUUUCCUUUUUUUUUUUUUUUUUUUUUUAAACCAAUGUA